CAACCCCCGAAAACUACAAUAAUGAUGACAACCGCACCAGAUUAAUCCCGUUUGAACCGACAUCAUGUAUACACGCCUUGUGGGCCCACAACGAAACCUUUAAAACCCCACGAGCUCUACCGCCAAAACCCUAACCCCACUCUCUCUUCCUCUCUUUCCGCUCCGACCUAGGGUUUCUUCUGUUUUUAUGCUGCUCCACUAAACUUUGUUGGGAUUUUCCCCCCUCUUCGGCUUGGGUUGAACGUCAACCCACUUGCUGAAUCACAAGGAACAGAAUAUGGAGAGGGUUUAUCAGAAUCAUCCAGAAGUUUCCCCUGCAAGUGAUUCUGAUGAAGAUUCCCAAUACUACAUCAUGCGAAAUAAGCCAUCGAACCAUAUUGGAUCUGUGCAAUACUUUGGAUCUAACUACACCUUCCCUCCCAUUCAAUAUGGGCAAAUGCCAGUUUUACAGCAUCCGGUAGGCUAUAUCACCAAUACGUACCCAUCCUAUGAUCGUGUUCAUAUGCAUGCAGCAAAUUUCUUACCUUAUGGAUCACAGUGUAGUCAUUCACAGCAACCACUUUUCCAAAGGGAUCCUAGAAAGUUUCAAGAUCGUUUGUUUGUAGCAAAGAACUUUUAUAAUAUAGGAGGGCCAGCUGCUAAAUAUUCUAGAGGUCAGCACAUUCAGAGACUGUUUGAUGGCAAUUCGCAUUGCUUUAGAUCUGGAGAUGAUAUAUAUGCAGGAAACCAAUCUAAUGUUCAUACAAGCAGGGUUUACUCUUGCAAUGAGGGGCAUUCUUUUACCGACUCAUGUUUCUUCCCUUCGUCACAAGCCAAUGCAGACUUUUCAGCUCUCAACCAAGACACACAAUAUGGCUGCUAUUCACUCCCUGGCUAUACAAGUGGUGGGGAUCUUGCUGAUGAUAGAGAUGUUCAGAAUACCUACCAUGGGGAAAAUUCAACACAAUCUAAUAUCCUCUCAAUGGCACAAGGGUCUAUGCAGCAAAAUUUUCCCCUGGCAGAGGACUAUAGUUUGAAUAGUUUAAGUAAAGGCGCUGAUGGAGAUACAGGAUACAUAAGUGAAGAUACUGAUAGAGACUUUGAAGGAUGUGAUGCUGCUACAAAGCUCGUUGGUCAAGAUCAUUCACAGCAGCAGCAUGGUUACAAGGAUGGAGUAGGGACCAACUCACCAGACUCUUCUGAUUCUUCUGUGGUUUCUUCUACAUUGGGGACCAAGGAAAGUACUAUAAAAGCAAGACGAAAAGGUCAACGACGUAAUACUCCACGCAAUAAGUCAAUUCAGUCAAUCCGAGAUCAUGCACCACAGAUCAGAGUAGGAAACCGAAAGGCUUCAAUUCCUAGUCUAGUUUAUCUCAAGAAGAUCAAGGCUCAACUUGCUGCUAGGCGAUCCAGGACUCCCACCACUCCGAUCCACCAUAUCACAUGGGAUGGCUGCGAUGAAGAAUCUGAGCCAGCUGGACAGAGUUGCCCCUUCUGCGACAAGGAUCUCUCGUAUGCACCAAUAGACGACGAUGAAUAUGAGUAUACAGAUAUACUAAUUGAUGAGCCUCCUAAACUUCCAGGUGUUGCAGUUUUGUCAUGUGGUCAUUUUUUCCAUAGCCAAUGCUUGGAGCUCAACAUUCCUGAAGAGUUCACAGACCCUCCCUGCUUUCUUUGUUUGAGCUAUGGCGAAAGAAGUUGAUCUUGAUCAUUUUGCUGUUUUCUCCUAUUAGAAAGGCGGAUACAGUUGAGUAAUUCAAGAACAGCCGGAUGGAAGUUGUGUUUAACCGUACAUCUACGGAACUAUAAACCAUAUGCCACUUAUCAUAAAUGGGAAUGUGCACAGGAAAUUAUAGGUGUUUGGUUGGAAGUUUA